UACGAAUGCAUGCAAAUCACCUUGAUGCAAAUCAUAUGUGCAAAUCCGAAAUCGCGACAUAACACAGUUUUCCAAAUCAACCAGCAAAAUUUGAGUGAGAGGGCAGCCAAGCUGGUGAACUUACAAUUACCAUCUUGAUGAAUUACCCGAGGCUAGGCCGAUCUUCGCAGAAAGAACAGGAAAACAGCAGCCAUCUCUUCUCAUGUGGAGUCUUCUCAGCGUUGGUUGAGUCUUCUCGACCUCUCCUUUUUCAACAGACAGGCAUCUCAAGGGGUCCUCUGCCUCUUUCAUGAUCUGGUGAUCUGUCUUACAAACCUGGCCACAGACGGCACUUCAUAUGGAACCGAUUCAGUCCUCAAGUUUGGAUGAUGGAGCCACAGUGUUUGGGAAGACCAGCUGCCCACUGAAAGCCUCCGAGGACAUCAUGUUCAGGUGCUGUUUCUGCACCCAUGUCACCACAGAUCAGCGUGGAAUAGUAGGCCACUUGGUUGGCCACGGUGAUGAACAGUUCAAGUUCCAGCGUCUUCCCAUAUCAUCUGGCUCUAGGUUCAGAUUGUGCAGCCAUAGUCGGAAGCAUACAGGUAACAAGUUGUUUAGGUGCAAGCAAUGUCCUAAAGUCUUUGCUCAGAAUAGGGAUCUAAUUCUCCACCGUCAAACACACACACGCGAAAAGCGAUUCAGUUGCAAGCUGUGCCCGCAAGCUUUUGCUCAAAAUAUUGACUUGACCCGCCAUAAUCGAACACACACUGGUGAAAAACCAUAUAGAUGCAAGCAUUGCCCUCAAGCCUUCAAUCAGAAUUCCCAUCUGACUGUCCAUAACCGAAUUCACAGUGGCGAAAAACCUUAUAAAUGCAAGUUGUGCCCCCGAGCUUUUACUACGAAUAGCGCUCUGGUCAUUCACAAUCGAUGGCACACGGGGGAUUUUCCUUUCAGGUGCCAUCUAUGCCCUCGAGUAUUUGUUCAGAAUGGGAAUCUGAUCCAUCAUUAUAAAACACACAGGCGAAAAGCCACGCAAGCACGAGCAAUACACCAAAGCCUUUGCUCAGAAUUCCCAUCUGACCUGCCAGAAUCAAACACACUAGUAACAAACCUGAUAAGGUUUAGCUUGCCUUCAGGCCUUUGCUUGGAAUAGCACUCAGAUCGUCCACAGUUGAAUGCACACUACUAUAAAACUUUUCCAGUGCAAGCUGCGUUCCCAAGCCUUUGCUCAGAAGGACAGUCUGAUCCACUCUAUUCAGAUGCACACAGGUUAAAAACAAAUUUUUCCAGUGCAAGCUGUGUUCCCAAGCCUUUGCUCAGAAGGACAGUUUGGUCCACUCUAAUCACGUCCACACAAGCUAAAAACUUUGUAAGUCUGAGCUGUGCCCCUAAACCUUAACUCAGCUUGCACUGCUGACCACCAUCACAUUUGAACACAGAUGGGAAAAAAGCUUUACAGGUGCAAGCCAUAUACCGAAGUCUUCACUCUGUUGGCGAGCCUGACCAACCAUAUUUAGAUGAACAGUUGGAAAUAGUUAUUAGAGCAAAAAAUGGUCUGGAAGUUUUGCUUGGAAGAGCAUUCAAUCUAACCUUCCAGAAUCAGAUGUGCACAUGCGGAAAGCUUUUUUGGGUCACCCAAAAGUUUAGCCAGCAGUGUUUUAUAACGAGUGUAGUCAUUUAGUUUUCACAGAAUUGCUCGCUAUUUCGGUUGAAAUAUGUAAGCGUUUAUCAAUUUCACAUAUAUAAAUAUUCUAAGCAAUGGCUAUGAAUGCUAUAACCUUUGCUCGGAGUAAUGGUCUAGCUCGUUACACUCGCAUGUAUAUGCGUGAUAAAGCUUACAAAUGCCAGCAGUGUCCCAGGAAAUUUUCGAACUGGUCUUGCCUCAACAAGCAAGUGCUAACACAUGGAGUGAUGUACCUAGGGUGUUUGGAUUAAUACGCUGGCACCUUUCAAGCAUUUUGACUGCACUCACCAUUGCUGUUCAGGUUCUUCUCACUGCCGCAUUGGCGACUUAGGAUAUCCUGAUAGAAUCGCGUGGUGGUAUCGCCCGUCUACCAAGGCGGGAGGCCAUAGCCUUUCCACUUUCUUCCCCACUUUUUUGCUUUUUAGUUUUUCAUUCACAUGAGUUCACAUGAUGUUAAAAAAUGCAUUUGCUUUCAACCUUUGUUAGGCUAACAUCUGUAACGAAAUUGUCUGUUUCCCAAAGUAACAGGAGCAGUGCAUAAUAGAAACGACUUGCUGAGUGCUUUAUUGCUUACUCAUCCCAGCUGCACAGGAUAAGUAGAGGUGCAGGAUUUGUUUUUGGUGCUUUAUUUUUGAUUAAAUAGUAUGAAUCUAUGUAUAAUACUGAGUUCAGUGUUGUGUAUUCAUGUGCUUACAUGUUCUGUGAUGUAUUCUUGUUAAUUUUACUUUAAGAAGCAAUUUUACUUUGGGAAGCAUGUGUCAGAAUAAAUUGAAUUUUGAUAUCAAA